UAAUUAAUAUGCAAUAUGUUGCAAUAUGUUGUAAAGCAUCAUAAACACAGGGUCUGCUCCGCUUUAAAAAUCGAAGUAAAGACGCCAUAUUAUUUGUUUUGGCGGGGAAUUGUGUUGUACGGAAAGGCCGGCAUCUUGUCGGCGACGCCAUCUUUGUUGAGGCAUCAAGUACUGACCGAUCGUGACUUCCAGGUGACAAUGUCGUCUGAUGGACUUUCGGCCAAGGCCUUAAAGGUGAAAAGAGAGAUGGGGGAGAAUACACCAAUGCUUUCAGAUGAUGAAUUAAUGUCAAUGUCUGUGCGGGAGCUAAACCAUCACUUACGUGGGUUAUCCAAGGAGGAGGUAGUACGGCUAAAACAGAGGAGAAGGACCCUGAAGAAUAGGGGCUACGCCGCCAGCUGUCGCGUCAAACGUGUGUCACAGAAGGAGGAACUAGAGAAACAGAAGAAUGACCUACAGCAGGAAGUGGAGAAGCUGGCACAGGAGAAUUCCACCAUAAAACUGGAGCUAGACGCACUGAGGGCCAAGUAUGAGGCCCUGCAAAACUUUGCUCACUCGGUGGCCAGAGGGCCUGUCACUCCAGCGAAGGUAGCUGCCACCAGCGUAAUCACCAUUGUGAAAUCUUCUGGGAACUCUUACUCUUAACAACAAAGGCAAAAAAAACAUUGCUUGUGCACCCAAAUCCCAUCUCACCUCAUCAACAAGAUACGCAUCAGAUAGCAGUCUCCCAAAGAUUUGGCUAGGCAUAAGCAUGAGGAGCCUUCAGCUUGCCCUCAAACCUUUGUUCUACCAUUCGAUCCAGUCAUUUCCACAAAAUAAGAUGUCUGUGUAUUGCGUUAUAGGGUGCAGUUAUUGAUCUACCCCAAAUUGCGUGAUUCCUAGUUCAAAAUUCCCAAAUAGGGAAAAAGCUGGAAGUAACAUGACCUUUCAGUCUUUUUGAGUACAGCUAUUUGUACCUAAUCUCUUUGAAAUGUUUUAAUUAGGAAAAGCAAUGUUUUGGGGUUUUUCAUAUAUAUUUUUUUUUCUUAAAGUAAACCUGUCACACACAAUAUUUUCAUUAGAAGGUGUAUUCGAUUCUGCAUUUUAAACUGUGCUGGUUAACUAGCUAGCUAAUGGAAAACCUGAUCAUUUUUCUUGUUAUCAGUAUGCCUUUGCAGAAUAUGCUAAUUAAGGAAUAUUUAACAUCCUGUCUCUAACGGCAAAUAUAUUAGUCCGACCUAUAGAGAUGGGGAAAACGUUAGAGUCAUUAUAUAGAGAAAAUUACGUUACUAUUUCAUGAUUAAUUUAUUUUCACAAUAUUUAUUAGAAUUUUUGAAAUGGUCAUAAAUUAUAUACAUGACAGGUUCACUUUAAAAAAUGUAUACAUGUUCUAUUUUUAUUAACGAAGAAUGUGCUCCCAUAUUCUGCAGAUAAUCUAUAUAUGAGGUAUAGUGGAGACGUAUUAGAUAUCUACAUGCAUAGGCCUCAGUGUUCCCUAAUGGAGUGUGGUUCCAGUUUGUCUAGUCCUUUUAGGAUUUUGGCCCACAGGGAUUUACUUGGUGUCUGUGAAAGUUGGGAAAAGUAAAUUAUACGAAGGUAAAAGAAAAUGUGAAAAUGGAAAAUAAGAAGUAAUAGACUAGCCAAAGAAAGAAGAAUAGGAUGUGGUAGAUUAGUCAAAGAAUGAGAAUGUAAUGGGGAUGGAAGGAAGAAUAUUAAGGUGUCGAGAAGAACAAAUGAUCACUAAUGAGUUAAAAUUCCCUAUGCCACGGUGUACUACAUGUAGGGUAAUGAUCACUCGAUAUUAACAGGGUGGAAUUUAACCCACCUGACACAGCUGUAGAAAGUUAGCUUACCUCUGUCCACAGGCCUUCGCUGCUAUGUGAUGAGGGUACUUGACAUGUAAUCUAUGGGCGGCAGUCGUUUUUUUGAGCUCUCACUGGACCUUAGUUGGACCUCUCUCUGCCCAGCAGAAUUGGAACCACAAGCUUGUCAUUAGUUGGCGUUUGGAUACCAGUUUUGAAGAAACAUGCAUGAUGCAUUAAAGUUAAAGUGAUCACUUAGGGGGGAUUUAGCAAAACUUGAAUAGAAAUAAAGUGGAAAGUUAUAAAACACUAACUUAUUCACUUCUAAUUCCCAUUUUACAGGUUGCGUUUGAAAAAUCACAGUUAGGAGCUGAUUGGUUAGUGCGUUGUCUCUUUUCACUUUAUCAUUCUCCAAGAUUUGAUACAUACUUAAAGUCUUGUAGUUGUAUUAAAACAAAGUUCUCUUGUUCUAACUGUGCCCAAACAGAUCUAUAGGAGCAGAGUUUAAACAGUUAUAACAGCAAAUUUUUUGGGGGGUUGGGGGUGGGGAUUUUUUUUUCUACAGCUCUACUUAAUAUUAAAAUAAUUGAAAUGUAAACAAAAAAACACACUACAGGGAUAUUAUGAAAGUAAAUUUAUAGCAAUAGCCGAGUAUGUGUGUUUCAUUACUAUAGCCAAUCCUGAACAUGGGUUUAUUUAGGAAAAAAUAGGGAGAGUCCAUCACAGGCAGGACCAAGGAAUUUAUUAUAGCCAGCUAUGUAAAGGAUGUUUGGUUUGACAAUGCAGGCAAUAGGAAUAGUGAAAGAAGGGAAACGUAAAAAGCAUAUAAAUAAUAUGCUGAUUUAAGGAAAGUCUGAAUUAUUGAUGCAAGGAAAGUAAACCUUUAAAUCCUUUUGGGCCAAGAACACUGGAUACAUUCUCCAUCAGGAACCCAAAUCUUUAUUUAUUAUAACAAUGUAAGUUUGCUUGGUCAUGUGUAACUGCCAGUAUCCUGGCAAAGGAAGUCAUUCUGAUGCAUACAGAUACUGGUGCAAGGUACUUUAAUGUGUCUUACAGACAUCACUAUAAUAUAUUACUGUAAUUUUUUGAAGCUAAUGUGGCCAGUUUGGGCAUAUGACAAAUACCCCACUUCCAUCUGUACUAUUACUUAUGGUGGAUGGGUCUGCUCCUCUUUUUUGGAGAAACUCUAAAAAUAUUUUUAUUAGCUGCUUUCAAACAGAAAAUAUAAAUUCAACAAACCGUGGGAUAGAGAAUUUGCAUUGCUGGUGUGAGGAUGAUGUCACCGGCCUUAAUAUCCCAGACUAUGUCUAUCAGAUUACCCCUUUUGCCCUCAUUUGUUUUCUUAUUUAUGUUUGAGACGUUUAUUUUUCUGCAUAUUUAUAUAUUUUUAUUUUAAAGAUUUUAGGGUAAAUGGUGGGAAAUGCUUAUUUUAAAUGUUUGGUAUGUCUUGUAUUUUUUUUUUUUUUCUUUUCCCUUUUAAUGGUUAUUGACAAAAAAAUUUAAUUUCUACUUGAGUAUAGAAUUAGCUGGAUUCAGAAGUUCCAAUUAAGUGAUAAACUCAAGACUAGAAACUUUGGAACAACGAAAUGAUGACAACCCUUAUUUAUAUCUUUAUAUUAUUAUUUAACAGAUCUAAUCUAUUAACUGGGUUAGGGAACCUCUUGUUAUAGCAAAGUCUUGAGCCACAGUUUGCCUCAGCUGGCCUACAUUCCUUUUGUGGUAUUAUUUAAUCAAUCAUACUAGUUACAUAGGUUUUAGCUUUCUGGCUUGUUUCAGUGUUUUAUUUUUUUAAUCAAGGCCUUUAUAUCUGCCAGAUAAAAUUGGCUCAUAUCUGUUGCCUUUGGAUACGACAGAGCUCAGAUCUGCUUUGUGGAACUGUAUUCAUAGAACCCAUAAAUGUCAUAUCUAAAAGUAACCAGUAUGAAAAAGUUUAGUUGAUAGAUCUAUUGGCAUGGCUGAAAAACACAGAAUGAAGCCAAAGCAUUACAGAUAUUUAUUUAGAAAAAAAAAUCAGUAAGGAAUUUAUAAAUCAUUGCAUUUUUUUUAUGACCUUAAGCCAACUGAAGUAAACACUGUCCAUGAUGUGUGUGUGUGUGUGUGUGUGUGUGUGUGUGUGUGUGUGUGUGUGUGUGUGUAUAUGUGUAUGUGCAGAGGUUAUAUAUAGAAGCAAUUUCAGUAAUGCCACCUUGUAACGUUUAUACACCUGAAUUAAUCAUUCAUAUCCAGUAUGGAGCAAACACUUGUCGCAACAUUUAUUUCAAAGUGUGUGUUUGGAUACUUAAGUGGUUUUAUAUUGAUAAAGUGACUAAAUAAGGGGGACAUUUACUAAGCAGUGAUAAGAGCGGAGAAGUGAGCCAGUGGAGAAGUUGCCCAUGGCAACCAAUCAGCACUGAAGUAACAGCUAUAAUUUUGCAUACUAUAAAAUGAUACAGAGCUGCUGAUUGGUUGAAUGGGCAACUUCUCCACUUGCUUACUUCUCCGCUCUUAUCAUUGCUUAGUAAAUGUCCCCCUAAAUAUCAAACCAACUGUAGAAUACACACAUGGAUUUUCCUUGAGUUAAACAUUUUGUAUGCUCAGUGUACUAAAAUCUUAAGGCUGAAUCCAGACAAACAUUUUCUUCCUCUCCUGAUGAAUGCUAUAGGCAUUCCUUUACAUAACUAAGCUGUAAGCCAUGGAUCCUUAAAUGAAAUUCCAAUCUAGCAAAAAUAUUACAAACAGUUAAAUAUUAAAGAACAGUAAAAGCAGUUAAAUUACAUAUGCAUUACAUAAAUAAGGACGAAUCUUACAGCUGAACUAUCAGCUGUUUCAUAUUCAUCCGCAUGGUACGUGCUGUAUCAUAUAGCUGUGGAUGGCGAGGUUGCCAUACCAAACAUUGAGUCCCAGGAAAAAUGGAUGUAUAGAGCAGCCACUUAUUCUCAACUGAUGGAAGUGCUGGGUAUAGUAAAUGUUAUUCCCUUUCUCACCCUACCAGUGAUUGUAAUGGUAAUUAAUAAAUAAAAACUUCCAUAUUUGGUACUGGUGCCAUUUGAUUUGGAUUCUCUGGCUUACGGUUUGGUUAUUAUACAUAACUAUAUGGUAUAUACCGACACUCCACAUUGAAUAGUUAUGAGGUGAGCAGGUAUGUGUUUUUAUAUGUCUGUAAUGUUUUGUCAUUGUGCAGCAGUGUGGAAGGGAAGUCUUCAUUGUCCAGAACAGCACAUUCUAUCUAGAAGCCCAAUAAGGUUAGUGAGAAGACAUUUUAUGGAGUAUUUUAAGAUUAGAUCUAAAAUGUCAAAUAGGUUAAACAAAAAUGUAAAUAUGUCACUUGUCUGAACGUAACGUAGCCUAACAAGGCCAGCAAUUGUCUCUCUGGUUUUUGUGGGAUUUGAUUUGCACAACCUCUGGAGAGACCGGAGUUGCCGAAGCCUGCACUUAACAGAGCGACAAUCUGCACAGUCAUGAAAACUAUGCAGCUGAAACUAACAUGGCCAAAAUUCAGACUACACCGCAACUGGUAAAAAAUAAACAAAAUGUUCUGAUGAUACGUGAAAGAGCAUAUUAUAUAUUUGCUCCUUCUGUAUAAAACUCAUUAUAAUACCACAAGGUAUAUUUUCUGCACAAAAAUAUAUGUAUUCCUUCAUAUAUGUCACCUUUUUAUAAACUUUGCUCGCUAGAACACCAGUUUUGGACUUAUUUUUUUUUUUUGUGUGUUGCUUUUUUUUUUUUUUUUUUUUUAAGUUGGCAUUAUAAAUAGGGAGCACUGUGUGUGUGUACAUUUCUCAGUCUUGGGUAUUCCAGAAACAAACAAAUGUGUGUUUUACUUUGAUUACCACUGGAAACAAUUGUUUUUCCUGUGUUUUGAUGAUUAGACUACUUGAGAAAGAAUCUUGAAUUAUCUGUUUCCUAAAAGACUACUAACUCAGACAAGAGUUAUUGAUGUUCCAUUUUGUUUCAGACAUAGUCUAAAAAGUGUUGCUCACUUUCUCAGUACUGAAGAAUGAAUAAAAAUACUAUUAAACACCGGAGGAAUAAAGAGUCCACUGCCAGGAUAGACAAGAUGAACUAUGUGUUGCCUUACACUCAAGAAACAGUCUGCCUCACUUAAUACUGCAAUUGAUCAUGCAUCACUGCUUUUAUAUCUUGACUUCUGGAAGUGGCCUUGAGGGCAGGAGAAGGGUUAAUUUAUCAUAUGUUUCAUCUUUCUUUAGCCAGUUGAUCUUUUCUCCUGCAAUGGGUCAUCAUCCCCUUUGGUUUUCAAGGUCUUUAGUUCUUUUGUUCAUCCUUUUGUCAGCUGAGGUGUGUGGCAUAUUUCAGAUGUAAAAUCUGUGUGUUCGUCAGAUACAAGUGCACAGUACUUAUUCUGCAUUACAAGUCUCAUGUAUUGAACAUUUUCAUAUAUCUAAUAUAUGUGUGUGUGUAUAUAAAUAUAGUGACUGGUAUUUAUUUUUCUGAAGCAUUUUAAAGUCCCUUUAUAAGUGUAUUUUAUAUUGUUCGAAUAAAGCAUUUUUUUCACGUAAA